AUAACCCCCCUUUCAAAAAUGGAUCAACCCAACAAAGUAUCAACAUGGCGACUUCCAUAAGAAAAAGACCAAGAAUGAACCGCUAUUGUAUAUUUUUCUUUCGCAUUUGACUGAUUUGACUCUCUUUAUUGUAUUGCACAUUGUUUUAUAGAUCUGUUGAACAAUGGAGCAAGAAAAUUUAGAAGACAGCCCUAAAGAUAACGAAGCUAUUCAGCAAGUAAUUAACAAAGUUAAGUCACAGGGUUUGUUUGAUCAAUUUAGAAAAGAGUGUCUAGCAGAUGUGGAUACCAAGCCUGCAUAUCAUAAUUUAAUUCAGCGUGUUGAAAAGUUUGUUGAACGAUUUCUAAACAGCCAGAAAUGGACUUCUAGUGCAAACAAAAAUCAAUUAAGAGAGACCCUACGACGACAACUUAAUAAUUCUGGUGUUAUGAGUAUUGGUGUUGACCGUAUUAUAGAACAAGUUGUUAAUCCAAAAAUUUUACAGGGUAUAAAACCUAAAAUAGAUGAAGCUGUGUGUGAUCAUCUUGGUAUUGACCUUAAAGCAAGACAGGAAGAACAGCAUAGAAGAAAACAGGAACAGCAACAGGUUAUGCUGCAGCAGCAGCAUCUUCAACAGCAACAUUUACAGACUUUGAUCAACCAAAAUGUUAAAGCUGAAGAUACUUUUGCACAGGGAUCUGGGAUAUUACCUACACCUGACUUACCUUGGUCGCAAACACCAGGUCACCCCAAUUUUCUUGGAGGGAUGCCAGGAGGUCCUAUGGGUUCAAAUCCUGGUGGGCCUUUUAAUCCACCUGGCAUGGGUUUUGGUGGAAUGAUGCAACCAUUUUCUUUUAUGGGUCCUUGGGGACCUGGUUUGCCUGGCAUGGAAGGUUUCAACCAGCCCAUGAUACCUGGACAGCCAAUGAUCCCUGCAUUUUCUCCAGGUGGCGGCAAUAUGAAUUCCAACUCCUCACCAUUCAACACUUCACCAAGACCUGGUCAGUCUACACCCAAUCAAAACAUCCAUGACUUCAGCAAGCCACCCCCAGGCCUACCCUCCACACCUUUGCUGAGCUCAUCGUCAAGCAUAACAUCUUCACCUGGUGUUCCUGGUCUUUCACUUCAGUCUAGUCCAGUAGCUCCGCCAGGUGUGAUGCCAUCCAACGUUGGUCCUUUGAUUCGUCCACCCCCUCCAGGAUCAGUCCCACCCCCUCCAGGUACAGUCCCAGUUAUCACCCCUCCAGGUUUGAUUCCACCUAUGAUUCGCAGUAAUGUUCCCACCACGCCAAACAUACCUGCUCUCAUCUCACACACAUUGUCCAAGGUGUCAAAAGACGACCUAACUCCUGAGAAGAUUGCUGUGUUCAAAACAGCUGCUGCGUUCAUCACAAAAACUGUCAAUAACGCUCAAGGAACUCCUGGCGCUGACCUUGCUACCAUGUUCUCACCUAGAGUACUAGCUGAAGCCAUGAUGGCAGAGUCUGGUGCACCUAUGACUAAACAUGAGCUGAGAGCAGCAAAGCGUAAAGAGAGAAUGAAAGAGUUUGAAAGGCUGAAAGCAGAACGUGACAAGGAAGAAGAGAAGAGGAAAGCAGAAGAGAAGGCCCAGGAGGAUCCGCUGCCACCCAAGCAUAAUUUAAUGGAUGUGUUCCAGGCAGCUGAAGAUGUGUCGGAUGAUGAAGAGUCCUUCAACAUGCUUGUUGCUGAAACUGAAGACAAACACAAGGAGGGGAUUGUGCUGUCAGAAGAUUCUGAUAAAGAAGGAGAAGCACAGCCACCAACUAGUCAACCAGGAAAAAGGUACAAUUUUGCUUGGGAUGUGGACAAAGAUCCAGCUGAACUGUCAGAUGUCACAGUCAGUUCUAUCCACACCAGUGACAUUUCAUCUUUUGAAGACACCUCAUCUAGUGACAUUGAAAGUGAUGAAGGGAAUCUGAGUGAUAAUGAUACAGCAAAAGAGAGUGGGAAAGACGGAAAAGAUGGGGAUGAAACAGCAGACUCUGAGGCUAAGCGUGAGACAGAGUCUUUGAGUGAAAUGGAAGAGAAACCACUUGAAGAGAAACUUGUUAUAAAUGAGGGUGGCACUGAAACAUCUGCUGUAACACAAGAAACCUUAGUAACUCCUGAUACUAAACCUGUCUGCCCUGAAGAGUCCAGUGUUAAGUUGAGUAAACUUGGCAAAACACCAUCCAAAGAAAAAAGCACAGAAGCUGUAAAACCUCGUAAGCUUAUAUCAUUGUCAUACAAGUACAGUGACAGUGAAGAAGAUGAGACAAGAGAAGAAAGAAAGGCUAGAAUUGCAAAGGAAAAGGAAGAGAGAUACCUGAAAAGGCAGCAGAGAAGAGCAGAAAUGGAAGCAAAAAGGAAGGAGAGGGAGGAAGAGAGAGCCAGGCUGAAAGAAGAGAAAAAGAAACAGAAAGAAAAGUUGCAGUCAGAGGUCCAGGAGGAUCCACUGUCCCAGUCAACUGCUGAUGCAUCAAGCAUGGAGGACUUGAACACCAGUACAACAUCAAUUGCUGACCAGGAGUCUCCCACAAAAUCAGCCAUCAAGCGCAGAAAGAAAGCUCAAAUUAAAGAACAGUUGCACCAACAAAAGGUGCUGGAAAGAAAAGCUGCUCUUCGUCGCCAGAGAACAAGAAAUCGCAGAUACACAUCUGGAGAAUUUACAUCUAUAUUUUCUGAACAUAAGACAUUGAAUCAGAGCUACAAUGAGCCAGUUUUAGCAUCUCAGGAGAUUGUAACUUUUGAUGGCAGUUUGGAGGUAGUGGAAAUGACAGUGGAUCAGGAAUGUGUGGUUGAGACAGUUGGAGAAACUGUAGAGGUAAUGGUAGACACAGACAAGGCUGAUGACCUGACACUGCAGUGCCCAUCACCUUACAGCGACAUCUCUGACAGGUCCAUGUCCGAGAGGUCAGAUGACAAAACUGUGGGGGUGGAGAUGGAGCAGGUCUCAUCAGAUGAAGACCUCAGUUCUGACGAAAACACUGGCGAUGAUAAAGUUCCCUCACCAUCUCUUCACUCCUCGGACUCUGAUGAAGGACAGAUACAUGAAAGUGAUGAAGUAGCCUCCAAAGUAACAAGCCGAUCUAGAUCUAGCUGUGCAGAAAGUAUAAAAGAAAUGAUUGAGAAAAGUAGGAAAUCACCUGAUGUGUUAGAGAGUCGUGUUGCAAGAAAUCAAAGAUAUGACAUGGAUGAUUUAUACAAGCCUCGCACUAGCCAUAGAAGACCUGGCACACCUCCGUUCUCCAGCAUUGAUGUCAAAUCACAGAAAUCUAAUUUAUCAGAUGAUGAAAAAGCAUCUCAAAACAGCUGUGGGGAUGUAUCAAAAUAUUUGUCCCAGACCAGCACUGAUACUAACAAGGAAAGUGUUGUGGAGCCUAACGGAGAAGAUUCGUGUCAUCCUAAGGAACCUGUGGAUAUGAUGGCAGAGCUAGAACUGGAACCAGUGUCCGAUGAAGAGUCGUCACUGGACAACCUGGCUCAUGCAGAUGCUGCCUCAGAUGUUGAGAAAGAGGAGGGAGAGGAAAAAGAUUCAGACAGUGAAGUAAAAAGUGUGAAGAAAGAUUUGAACACAGAAAGUACCAGCACCAAGGUUGUUGCUCCUCCUGUGGAGGAUGAAGCCUCUGAUGAAGGGGAGAUAAAAAGUGACUCUGAUGAGGCUGUGAGUGACAGUAAUGAGGAUAAAGAGAGGUUGGCUUACAAAAAACCCAUUGAGCUUGUUGAUUUUGGAGAGGCUGAGAAAAGGGCUAGAGGUGCUCGGGGUUACUACCCUGAAGUGAAUGACCGGCGAAGUGUUCGGGCUCCAGCAACAACCAGUACGCCACUUGGAAUUUAUAGAGGGGGAUAUUCUUCCUGGACAGAAUCUGGUUCUUAUAUACCUACUACAACAAGAUAUCCGGGGUCCCUUGAGAUACCUGUCACAUCGCAUGUAAAAUCACCCAUUAGUACAGCAUAUGACGGGGCAGAGUCUGAAGCCAGUUCCCACAGCAGGUCCUCUGUGCGCCUGCGAGAUGAUGGCCCGCCGCCUUACUCUUUUGAAGCAGUGGCCAAAAAACGACAUUCCCCUGGUCUAGACCAAGGUUCUGCAUCUGUCUACAAAACCAUGUCACCUCCGUCACCAGUCUCACCCCGAUCACGCUCAUCCUCGUCAGAGAGAUCAAAAUCAUCCUCGUCAAGUUCUGGUUCAAUUUCCUGUUCAUCGUCCUCAUCACGCUCUUCCCAUCACAAAAAGAAACGCAAGCAUAGAAAAAAGAAGAGAAAGACAAAGGACAAGGCAUCAUCUAUACGCUCAUCCUCCUCAGCUCCAAAACUCAUGAGCCAGGAGAGGACUUUCUCUCCCCUCAAACCACAAGAACUGAUGUCAAAGUUUCUCUCUGAGCCAUUAAGAGAGCGGCGCCUAUCUUCUGGUCAUGAGUCAAUAUCAUCGGAUGAGUUACCAUAUUUUCCUGAUGAAGAGCCCCUACCAUCACCGCCUCAAGUGAAAAGAAAACAGUCACCUGUUGGUAAAUCCCCAUCCACUCCAUCAUCUGGUGCUUCACCUCCCCAGAAGAGAAGGAAGGAAUCUCCCAGUAAGGAAUCUAUAUCAUCUAGUGAACUUAUUUACUCCCCUACUAGACGGAAAUCACAAACUAAAACAUCAGAUGAAAGAAAAGAAGAUGAAGAUAUUGAUGAUGAUGAUGACAAUGUUUCUAUUGAGCGGCCACCAAUUUCACCGGGUGGGAGUUCCAUUUCUUCAGGAGAACUUCCAGAUUAUUCAGAUCCAGAUCAUGCUUUCAUGCAAGGCUUCUCCCCACAUCAGCCCCCUCUUCCAUCUGACUUGCCACCACUCCCUCAAGAUAUUGAUCACUUUCAACCCCCUCUUCCUCCAUCACCUCCCCCUUUCCUAAAUCAGGCACCAUUGCCUCCCUUACCAAUUAAUGAUGAAAACUGUCACAUAUCGACUUCUUGUAAUGACGAUGAAGAGGAAGGAGAAAUAAUUGAAGAAACUGAUUUUCCCAGCGAAAGCAGUAAACACAUUUCCACAGAAAGUGUAUCAGAAUCUACUAACAGUAAACUAGAAAGGCAUCCACCCCAAAUAGAUCCCAAUUUCUCAGCAACAAUGAAUGAACCAGCUACAGAAGAAAUACCACAGUUAAUGUCAAACCAGCCAUCAUCAGAACUGCCAGCACAUGUUUCUUCUGAUAUUGCCACAAGCCAAGACACAACAGAUGUCUCAGCACUAGAUCAGUCAGAUGAGAAAAUGCUUGAAAGUCCCAGUACAUCCUCAGAAACUCUGCAUGCUCAUGCUUGCUCACACAAGACCACUAGUGAAACUGCUGUAGAAGUUACUGACAAAAUACCAGAUGACAUUGCUACAGAAACACAUCAAUUCACAGAUAAAAGCAUACCAGAUCAGAUUGUUAUAGAAACACAUCAGGUCACAGAUAAAAGCACGCCAGAUGAGAUUGCAUCAGAAACAGAUCAAGUCACAGAUAAAAGCACACCAGAUCAGAUUGUUAUAGAAACACAUCAGGCCAAUGACAAAAUCACACCAGAUCAGACUUGUGUAGAUACAUCAGUUAGUGAUAAUUCUGUGUCUAUAAAAGAGGACGAACCUGCCUCUAUUAUUGUACCCGAUUCAUCUCACUCAGCAAAGUCCCUUGAGACUUUACAAAGUGACCAGAAAGUUGAAUCACAAACCUCUACAGAUGCGUUGAAAAUACAUUCAGAAAACACUGAAUUGCAACAGAGUCGCUUACCUGACAAUCUUAUCAGUAUAGAAAAACAGCAAACUAGUACUAAUUCAAGUGACAUAGCUGAAAUAAAUCAGACAGAGAUUCCAGAUUUAUCAGGUGUUGACUCACUAAACCAGACAGAGAUUCCAGAUUUAUCAGAGAAUCCACCUUCGCUUGCAGAAGAAAGUGUUCAAAUAGAGGAGGAUAAUGCCAGUGAUGGAGAGCCCCCACAGCUAAUUCAGGAGAAAAUAACUCUCUCGCCUAACAAAUCUACAGUCAACACAUUUGAUGAACAUUUAAUUCAGAGUCCAGUUGUCUUUACUUCAAUUUUAGAAAAAUCAGACAUGAAGCAGAUGCAGGGGCCACUGAGUGCUGAAAUUGAUCUAAAACCUGACUGUUUGCUAGAAAAUUUGCAAACAGAUAUUCAAGGGGAAAUGCAUUUAAAACCACAAGAUCAAAUAUCAAUUUCUGCAUGCUCAUCAGCAGUAGAUGAGCACAAUGUGCCUGAAGAUCUUGCAAAAUCUGAUUCAUGCACAGUUGUCCAAGACAUAUCAGAUGCUGCACUGCAAAGAAUAAGGUCCACCUCAGGUUCAUUAGAUGAUACAGAAUUAAGCCCUCCAGCAAAGAAACAAAAGAUAACAUAGUUGUUCAUUCAUGGUGGGGUCUGGGACUGUUAAGGGCUAUUCUUUGAAUUAUUGUUGACUAACUUUAAUGAUUUUUAUAUGUUUACUUUUAUAUUGUUAAAUUUAUGGACAUGAAAAUGUUUUUUACUGGGUGAAGUUGACAAGUUUCUCUGCUCCUGAGGCUUACAUGUCAGGAUUUUUUUACGGAUUUGCAUUGUGGUCUUAGAAAACUUUGCAAUAUGAAAUUCCUCGUAUAUAUAGCUUUAUUCAAGCAAGACAAUUACAUUAAUUAAACUUUAGGGCUAACAAACAUGGACCACAAUUUUAAAAAAUUGGGUGUUUGUUAUUUUUGCUCAGCUGUUCAUUUGUGCCUAUAUGAGAUUGUAGUAAUAAGUAAUGUGAAAUUGUUUAUUAAUUCUUAAUAAACCUAAUAGUUGAUUACUAAAUUGAUGAUCAAUACAACUAAAACAGGGGUAGUUACAGUUCUUUAGUAAACCAUUUUAGCACCAGUGUACCUGUCAAAUUGUAAUGCAAGUAUUAUCAAAAAGGUAGUGUUCCAAAUACUUGUUUUCCCUUAUGUAUUUAUAAUUUUCCACGAUUGAAAAGCUCAAUGCUAUAAUGUUAAUGGUGUAAGAAGGCUGUAUGAGAGUGAAUUGUGUAUCAGAGAAUUUGUAACAUUAAAGAAAUUGA